AUGGACAAUGCUACGAUGACAUCGUAUCGAUCCGCGAUUGAUCAUAACCAUUACGGGCAGCCUGAAACGAUACCUCUGGGCGUGCUACAACCCUCCAGCAACAGGCUCAACUGCAAGACUGCCGAGUCUGUAUACAAAACGAAACCGCAGCUCAACUCGGCUCCUAUCAACCAACCCUCGCUUACCUCGACUCGAUGGGACGGAAGUGCAGUCAUGACCACGGCGCAGAAGAUGACGAGCCCCCAGUACGUGACCUAUGGUGACGGAGUGGACCCCGUAGAUCUAUCAACGAACUUCACCAGUAUGGACAACGACCCCGGGCCUACAAGCAUCUGUAUGGUCAAGCCGUCUGAUUUGCGCCAAACAAGUGUCUCCAAGUCGAUCAUGGAGCAGUACCGUAGCCAGAUUCGACGGGAAAAAGAAGCAGUCGAAGAACAGGACUACUCCACCAUAAGAAGCGUCACGUUUCACCCUGUGGAAGACUUGCGAAUCUACGAGCCUCUAACUGGAGAGCAUUCGGAGAACACGUUCUUCCCGUCUCCGGGAUCGGGAUCCAAGGUCCCCAGACGACUUGAAAAUGGUGCGGCCAGAAUGGAGCAACAGGGCUCGCAUCUCGAAAACUCCCUGUUCCUGAGCAAGAUGUACCGCUCGCCUACCCCGUUGGAAUCAUAUUCGCCUGUUCACAUGCUAGAGUAUGGGGGGAGCAUCCAUUUGGGUGACAGUGGCUGGGGUCCUUACGGCAACAAGAAAAGCUACACUAUGAAGAGCACUGCUUCCAUGCCACGUUAUAUGAAGGAUACCAUUUCCUAUCGAAACAAGAAGCGUUCCAAGCACGACACCCAGAAUGGAACUGAGAAAGGCACCAGAAAGGGUCAGGACCGUGACUCCGCUAAAGGGGUGGGUAGAAAGGCCAAGCGUGAUUUAUUGGAUUUUUUCCGGAGAUAA